AUGGCUGCCUCGCCCCCCAAGAGCAGGUUGACCGUGACGUCGCCGACAUCCAACAACAGGAUACGCCUGCAUAACCCUUCCGGCAACGCUGCGACCGCAUCCCGCAACUCGAUCAUCAACUCGAGUUCAAAGGGGUGGUCGCCACUAAACAUCAGCAAGCGUGGGACCGACUCGGUCAACGCCUCCCCCCUCCGACCCGACCACACUGGCGAGUCGGCAUCCGGUGGUGGUGGCGGUUCGAACGGCACACCACGUCGCACAUCAAGCUCGUUCCGUCACAUGGCUACCAACUCGCUCGUCGCCAACUCGCCGUUCAAGGACCUGAGCACCCGCGAGGGUGCCCUCAGCAACGGCCGCAACGUCGAGGCCUCUUCCGUCAUUCACGAGCGCCGCACACCCAACCGCGCAUACGGCCAGGUCCCCAAGACUGCGUCGGGAUCGGCCAACACCCCCAAGUCUGCGAUCGGACUGGGCAUCGGCACCGCCUCACGGUUUGCGGCCGGAGCUGCCGUCACCGGCACUCGCAAGGUUUCCAACGAACGCAAGGUCUCCAUUGAGCGUUCCGCCAACCGUGUGGCCAGCUUGGAACGCAAAGUGUCUGGAUCCAAGGAGAACGAGACGCCGCCCGAGAAGCCCAAACGCGCUCCGCGCAAGUCGCUCGCAUACAAGGCACUCGUCAAGGGCGAGUACGUCACCAACUCUCCCUUCCUCAGCGAGCGCCGCGAAAACCCUGCCGAGUCGGACGCCGAGUCCGCUGGAGAGGAGGAGACACUUGCGUCGCCUCCCCAGCGCCGCACCUCUGGCACCAACAAGCGCAAUGCCAGCCCAAGCGCCAACCUCUCCCAAGCUCGCACCUCGGACUCACCCUCUGCAAGCCCACAGCGCAGGGUCUCUGGAACCGUCACACCGUCGCCGUUGCGCCACGACAGGGCCGAGCUGGGCGUGGACGCGAUCCCACCGGCUCAGCCAUCGCCCACACCCACAAAGUCGGCUCUCUCGGCAUCGCGUCGUCUGCUUGGACCCCGCACGCGCGGAUGUGACUCGCCGUCUCGCAAGACUGUCACUUUCCAGACGGUCCCUGACGUCAAGGAGUUUGUGCCCCACAGCCGCGAGGUGUCGCUCGACAACUUUGGUUUCAGCAACUUUGACCUCGACGGCGACGAUGAAGAGUGGACCGACGCUGAUGGCGACGACUGGGUCGGCCAGCUUGUCCAGACUGCCGACACGUCUUCGCCACAGCGCAGCGACCGCGAGAUGAGCCACGACUCUGAGGACACUCCCCACGUCGGUGACACCAGCGCCACGGCCGACUUUAUGGACUCGCUCAUGGACGACGGCUUCCUUUCGCCUCCUCGCGCAGAGACCGAGGCGUUUGAGGACCAGGCCGAGUUUGAGCUCCCCAUGGAGGCGUCGUUUACGUCCUUUGAAAUGCCCCUGGAGGACUCGCCGGCUCGUAACUCGCAGUCGGAUGACAACACCGAAAGCGUGAGCUCGCAGGGCGCGGUUCUGUCGACCCCGCUCAUCGAACAGCUCCUUCUGCCCCAGUCCCCACACCACGUCCACACCAUCACUCCCCACCUGGACCCGGGAGUCCAGCCCAACCUUCCGCACUCGGACGACCACUCGAUGCUGCUGAACGGCGACGCCGCUCAACCUGCCGCUGGCAAGCCCCACCCCGCAUCCCCCGGCCCUCACUCCCACCAGGAAGGUGGUCUCUACGACCCCUUCAUCACGAUCCAGACCGCCACCGAGCUCAACGGCGAGCACCACGAGCGUUCCGAGGACGGCGUCCCUCUCGGCCGCACGUCGCACGCUGACCGUGGCAACGCUGCCCGUGCUCUUGCUGUUCAGUCGGCACUCGGCCGUGGUUUCCCAAGCCACCCGCCCCGCUCCGGUCCUCCCGUUUCUGCCUCGACGACGUCGGGUUCCGAGUCGGACUCGCCAUACAGUGCCCCGGCCCUGCUCCCCGCGCACCCGUCCGACGAUGUCUUUGGGGCCGUGAUCGCCUCCCCUGCGGCUCGCAAGGUGUCGCCUGCGUCCCCGGCUCCCCCUCGCAAGGUCUCUGACCGCAAGGUGUCCGACGUUCCCGAACUGCAGGGCCCCAGCAAGCGCAUGGCCAUGUUCAAGAGGACCAAGGAAACCACACCCAAGCCGUCCGGCAAGGACCUUCCUCCUUCGCCCGUUGAGGAAGAGGAGGCAGCGGCUGCCACUGCCCCCCUCACCCCUCGCCGCGUGCUGCCCCGCCCUCCCCUUCCUCCUCCUGCGGCUCUCGACCUUCCUAGCCCCGUCCACAUGGUUGCGUCUCAGCCCGAGUCCGAGUCGGAGAACGAGGACGACGACGAGACGGGAACUGCGGAGACCUCGGCGACUGAGAUUGCAGAGGUGCACACUGCCCACCGCGCCGAUCUGUCCGGCUUCUCUCUUCCAGACAUUGGCGUCUCGCCCCUCAUUGCGGAUGACCCCGUGUUCAAGUCCGAGUCCCCCGAGAAGCGCCAGGCCUCGGUCUCGCCCAUCAAGCGCCGCGUUUCCCUCUCGGCCCCACGCCUCAGCCUCCCGUCUGAGAUUGAGGACGAGGAGCCCGAGCGUGACCCCACGCAUCCUGCUUCUGCUCAUCCCCGUGUCUCGGAUGUGGCACCCAAGCUUGACCUCUCACCCGAGUUGGAGGACCAAGCUGUUCUCGCCGACGAGGACGAGGACGAGGUCGAGAUGCAGUCUGAGGUCGAGGAGCCUCUCACCCCGCCGCCAGUCAAGCGCGACGAGUCUGAGACGCGCAAGGAGAGCCCACGCAUCCCGUCGUUUGAGUUUGCCGGGCUUUCGCUCGACAUGCCCAAGGACGAGAACGAGGUUGUCGAGGAGGAGCCCGACUCCCCCAAGUUUUCGACUCCCAUCGGCACUCCCGGCCCUGUGACUAUCACUUCCCCAUCGCCUGCUCCGUCGACGCCAACCCGCCCCAGCAUCAUGGACCGCGGUUCGCCUGUAGGCUCUCCCUCUCGCAUGACACCCAGCCGCUCGCCUGCUGGUCUUGCCACGCCGUCGAGGGCCACGCCUUCACGCGUCUCCAUGUCGUCGCCGCUCGCCUCGGCCCCUGUCAGGAGCUCGGCUGAGAUCCCUACGUCCAGCUCUGACGAGUUUGGCCCGCCUGUCGAGUCCAACAAGGACGUGAGCGAGAUGAGCACCACUUCGCGUGUCCGUCAGCGCAUCUCGCGCGAGCUCAUUCGCGAGCAGGUCAGCAAGCGCGUCGCCGCCGAGACUGCCACUGGCGGUCGUCCCGUGUCCAUGAUGGACUCGCCUAGUCGCGUCAUCUCCCCCAUCAAGAUCAACGCGCCUCGCAACGUCUCGCAGUCUGUCACCCCGUCGAGCCAGUCGCCCCUCACCAGCCCGACCAGUGGCAGGGUGAGCUUUGACGCUCCCUCGCCUGCAUUCCGUCGUCCGCACCGUUCGAGCGCUACCAGCAUCGACAAGGACCUCCCUGCUCCUCCUGCAGGCGGCGCCCAGCUCGACCGCGUGCUCUCUCCCGACACGCCUACGCGCUCAUCCAUGAGCUCUAGCUCGUCGCAGGCCACGGCUCUCCAGCAGCUCAAGGAUGGCGGCCGCGACUCGCCCAAGUCUGCCCUGGACCGCAUCAUGACCGCCUUUGGCAAGGACGAUCCCUCGUCGUCGUCCAGCCGCGUUAUCGAGAGUCCCACCAAGGCUGUCCCGCCCGUCAGCAUCCUGCGCAAGCAGCCUGACGUGGAGCCGCCUCUGCCCAACUCGCAGUCGGGCUCGAUCAACGAGACGCGUGCCGGCAGGAUGAUGCGCAACAGCCGUCGCCGUAGCGCAUCUACUGGGGACGCUAGCCCCAGCAAGUUGACGCCCCGCCUCACGUUGGGGCUUGCCGACGACAACGAGUCGAUUCUCGACUCGGUCCGCGACGAGAUUGAGCACAUUGGCAGCACGCGUGGCUACCGCGUUCGUGACCGCGGACAUGUGCGUGCCACGUACACUGAUGGCAUCAAGGGCAGUGCCGCUGGCGACCUUGAGACCAACAAGGCCUGGCGACCUGUCCGUCGUCCCUCUGACAUGAAUGAGCACAGUCGCGAGCUCCGUGCCGCGCGUGCUCGCGAGGUCAGCGAGGGCAAGUCCAGCGGUACCGUCUACGUCAAGGUGCUUGGUGUCGAGUCGCUCCAGCUCCCCAUGCCACGCGAGCAGACCUUCUUCUGCAUCACCCUCGACAACGGUAUCGACUACAUCCGCACUCCCUACGGCGUGCUUUCCGAAGGUGCCCGUGUCAACCAGGAGUUUUCGCUCGUCGAGCACGCCAACUUUGAGUUCUCCCUCUCGCUCGACAUCCGCCGCGACCCGCACAUCACCAAGCUCAUCAACGAGCGCAACCGCCCCCAGCCGCCGAUGCCUCCGCCUGCUGUCGUGCCCGAACGCACCGGUGCCCAGUCCCCCGCCGUGUCCGUCUCCUCGGGCCGCUCACACGGUGGUGGGUUCCGCGCGCUGUUCGGCACCCCGCGCAAGAACAAGCACUCGCGUACCCAGAGCACCCCCGUGGUCCCGGCUCCUGCCCCGGCUCCUGUUGUUGUCCAGCCUCCUCGCCCCCGUGUCGACACCAUUGCCAAGUACUUUAUCGACAGCGGAAACACUGUUGCCAAGACGCACAUUGCGCUCAAGCCCAUUGCGUCCCAGUGUGAGGCCAAGGUCCUCGAGAUCCGCUACCCGAUGUUUGCCAUGUUCAAGGGUCCCACUUUGCCCGACGGCACUGCUCCUCGUCCCCAGGUCGCCAAGAUCACCAUCCAGAUCCUCCGCCUGCCCCCUCUUCCCGGGCUCUCCCCAGAAGAGCUCCCUGGUAGCAUUGACGAGACCCUCCGCGGCCUCAAGCACCACAAGUGGCACGAGGAGGAGUACCACGAGGGCAUCCUCACCCAGAUUGGCGGCGACUGCCGCGUCCCGCGCCGAAGGAUGUUCAAGCUCCGCGGUGCUUCCCUGCUCGCCAUCAACGAAGUGACCAAGCGUGAAGUCACCAGCAUCGACAUGCGCGAGCUCAAGUCUGUUGUCGACCUCAACGCUCCCAAGAAGACCAACGACGACGACUAUGACCCGUACUCUGCGCGCCUGCGUAGCUUCCAGCUGCGGUUCCGGGAUGGCGAGGGCAUUGUCUUCAGCGCCGACAAGGACGAGGACAAGGCAGUGUGGAUGGAGACCUUCCAAUCCCUCCUGUCUGGGCGUAUCCCGACCAACCCGCUCUGGGCCGAGCUGUACGCCGAGCGCAAGCGCGACCAGGCCGCCGCAAGCGCCGGCAAGCGACGGGAAUCGUCCGCCCUCAAGAACGCCCCACGAAGGGCCAGCCGCAACGUCAGCACCACUGUCAACCAGCGAUGA